AUGACAGACACCAUUCGAUUUCCAUCAGAUUUCCCGAAGGCAUCAGAUGUCAAUUCUUUUACGCUCGAGCAUUUCUGCGAUUUCCAUGCUGCGGCCAGGAAUUUGGAUUUAAAAGAUGAAAUUCAAUUGUUGACUAAAAAAGUUAUCAACUUUGAAGAACUUAUUGAGAAAAAAAAUCAGGAAAUAAUGACUUAUAAAAAAAAUUAUGAACUUGCAACAAAGCAGAUUGAACAAUUAUGCAAAAAUGCAUGCUCAGAAGACAACAGUAUCAAUAAUGAGAUGGUUAUAGAAAGAAAUCAUCUUACAUUGAAGAUUUCUGAGCUGGAAAGUUCCAAAUUGUUUUUGGAAAAUGAAAAAAUGGUUUUUCAAGAACAAUUGCAACAAUUUGGAGAAGAAAUUGAAUUUCUUAAAAAAAAUCUUGAUAGUUCUGAUAAAGAAAAAGUGGAGCUAGAGGUUGACAAAAUGCAAUUAACUAGUGAUAUGGAUUCACUUAAAAAAGAACAAGAUGAUUUACUAUUGCUUCUUACAGAGCAAGAUUUAAAAAUCAAGCAAUACAAAAUUAAACUUAAAGAAUUUGGAGUAAAGACUACGGGCUUGGUUUAUCUCAAUGGAAAAUAG